GCUUUUCUCUCCACAGGAAGACUUUAUCCGCCAUAUUUGUUGUCGCAGAUUCGCCAGAAACCUUCCUCCAAAACAAAUAAAAAUACGAUUUUCAAUUACUUAUUCAAUAAGUAAUGUAGAUAUGUACAUUUAUUUAUGUAACUCUUAGGGUAUUACGUUUUAUUUUACAAACAUGGAGACGUCAACCGCAUGUGGGACUUCCUCCAUCUUCAUGUGUAAACUGUGCAACCUGUUCUCUCCACACCGAGCACAGCUCCUCUCCCAUGUGUCUGAGAAGCACCACACAGAGGGGCUCAACCCUGAUGACAUCAUUGUGGCCCUCAUGCCAUUGACAGCUCCACUGGAGAAGGGUGGAGGUGAGCACCUCCUCAAAGCAACCAGGGAUACUAAGGGUGGAGGUGAGCACCUCUUCAAAGCAGCCAAGGAUACUAAGGGUGGAGGUGGAGAUAGCCCUGUCAAGAGAAAACGAGGACGUCCUAAGGGCUCAACCAAGAAGAUUGUAGCUGAUGGGCCCAUGACAGAGACUACUAGCUCCAACCAGAAGAAGCAGAAACAACAGACAGUAGAGGCCCAAUCAGAAGCUGGGCUAGUGGACGGGGAAGAACCAGAGGACGACAAUGCCCUGGACUGCAAGAAGUGCAACCGUGUGUUCGGCAACAGGCGACAGAUCAUGAAACACAUCUGCUUGAUAGACCUCAGAGAGGACGAGGAUCAGGAGGACAACGACAAAGAGUUUGAGGCUGAACCUCGCGCAGCAGAAGGCAAAGAGGAGGAUAGGGAGAGAAGCUCAAAGAGGCCACGGCCACUCCGCUCUGAGAAGGUUUCCCUUGUGAAGGAGCAGGAACCAGCAGGAGGCACCAAGAACCCCAUCAUCAGUGUGGUUCUGACCGCUCAUGAGGCACUUCCUGGUGCCACAAGGAUAGUGCCGAUCGAGGACCCGGCAGAGCCGGUUGCUACAGCAGACACAGACCCUCAGGAGGCAGGACAGAAGAGAGGAUUUCAAGAAUAUUCCAUACAACAAGCUGCUUAUGAAGUGCCAUUAAAGUCCAACAGAAUAGGACAGACCCAGUUGAAGAUCUUCACCUGCGAAUACUGCAACAAGGUCUUCAAGUUCCGCCACUCCUUGCAGGCCCAUCUGCGAACCCACACCAACGAGAAACCCUUCAAGUGCCCACACUGCGACUACGCCAGUGCCAUCAAAGCCAACCUCAGCGUUCACAUGCGCAAGCACACGGGAGAGAAGUUCAGCUGUGAACACUGCUCCUUCCAGUGCCUCAGCAAGGGCCACCUCAAGGUGCACGUGGAGAGAGUUCACCACAAGAUCAAGCAGCACUGUCUCUUCUGCAAGAAGAAGUACUCUGAUGUCAAGAACCUGCUCAAACACAUGAGGGAGAGCCACGACCUAGAGGACAAGAAGGUGAAGGACUCGUACCAUGAGUACAGUCUACAGACCAGAGAAGGCAAGCGGCAGCUCCUCUACGACUGCCAGAUCUGCGACCGCAAGUUCAAGAACGAGCUGGACCGUGACCGCCACAUGAUGGUCCACGGUAGUGAGAGGCCGUUUGGCUGCGAGCUGUGUGACCACGGCUGCACCAAGUUCCAGGCUCUCCAGGCUCACGUCCGCAAGCAUCCCUUCCUCUACGUGUGUGCCGCCUGCCAGCAGAAGUUUGUCAGCUCCGUGCGGCUGAAGGCCCACCUGAAGGAGGCUCACCCAGAGUCAGAGGAGGCGGCUGGGUUCUCAGAGUCCAUCAACAGCAGCUUCUGUCUGCUGGAGCCGGGGGACGACAUCAAGAGAGAGAUGCUGAGACAGGAUGAGAUCAGGAUGGCUGAGGAGCUAUCUCUACUCAACGCCCAGCAGGAGGAGGAGGAGGCCCUCGCUGGUGACCCUUCAGAGGAACAGGAGGAGGCCCUCGCUGGUGACCCUUCAGAGGAACAGGAGGAGGCCCUCGCUGGUGACCCUUCAGAGGAACAGGAGGAGGCCCUCGCUGGUGGCCCUUCAGAGGAAGAGGAGGAGGCCCUCGCUGGUGGCCCUUCAGAGGAAGAGGAGGAGGCCCUCGCUGGUGACCCUUCAGAGGAACAGGAGGAGGCCCUCGCUGGUGGCCCUUCAGAGGAACAGGAGGAGGCCCUCGCUGGUGACCCUUCAGAGGAACAGGAGGAAGGACUGGGAGAGGGGGAGGAACAGGGAGAGGGGCUGGGGGAGGAACAGGGAGAGGGGCUGGGGGAGGGGGAGGAACAGGUGGUCCCUGAUCCGGGCCCUGAGGAGCAGACUGUAGAGACAUGCGUGUUGAACCAACCUGCACAAGAGACUGAGACUCUACAAGACAGAACUGAGCCAAUCAGUCCUGAACAAACCCAGACAGCAAGCAAAGGCACGACCCAGGAAGUAAUCCGUGAGGAGAGACCUGAUAAGACACUGGUGGAGGAAGACAAGCCUCAUGGGGAGAAUAACGUCAUUGUGGCUGAACAAGACACUUUGGUAGAAAAGCCUUCAGGCAAGGAGGAGUCAAUGGGCCACCAGCAGCAUCCAGAAGAAGACAAAGGCUCUUCAUCAACAUCACAAGGUCAUGUUGAGGAGACUCUCCGGUCUUUGGUUCUGAUUCAGGGGGAGGUCAUAGGUCAAACAAAUGCUUCAGCUGGCCCACAAGGAGAAGAUGGCACAACGGAGGAGAGGAGCGCUUUCCAACAGAUUCUAGAUAAGUUGCAGAAAAGGCAGCUGAACAUGGUUGUCUUUGACAGAAUCCGAAAAGUAUACGGGGACCUGGAAUGUGAAUACUGUGGAAAGCUCUUCUGGUACCAAGUCCACUACAACAUGCAUGUGCGUACUCACACAAAAGAGCAUCUACAUUACUGUACCCAGUGCAGCUAUUCUUCCAUCACCAAGAACUGUCUGAAGCGACAUCUGAUCCAGAGACACAGUAACAUCCUGCUUCAGUGUCCGAUGGAACACUGUCAGUACUGCACACCUGACAAGUACAAGCUGCAGGCCCACCUCAAAACACACUUUGACAACGAGAAGAGAAGCUUUGCUUGCCCUGUGUGUGAGGAAACGUUCACUGAAGAUAAACUGAAGCAUCAUAUCAAGAACUUUCAUCCAGAUACGCCGAUGAACACCAUCUCUGAGGCGCUUGGGGUGAGGGUGCAGAUGAAGGGCUUGAUCGGGAAGAGAGCGUCUAAGUGUCCUUACUGUGACAGCUACUUCAUGAGGAACGGAGCUGAUCUGCAGCAGCACAUCUGGGCUCACCAAGGAGUGAAGCCCUUCAAGUGUUCCCUGUGUGACUACGCCAGCCGCAGUAAGAGCAACCUGAAGGCCCACAUGAGCAGACACACCACGGAGAAGACACACCUGUGUGACAUGUGUGGCAAGAAGUUCAAGUCCAAGGUCACUCUGAAGAGCCACAAGCUGAUGCACACAGAGGACGGUAAGCAGUUCAAAUGUACAGAGUGUGAUUACAGCGCUGCACAGAAACCUCUACUGGUACGACACAUGGAGCAGCACGCCUCUUUCAAGCCCUACCGCUGCGGCCACUGUCACUACUCCUGUAACAUAGCAGGACCCCUGAAGAGACAUUACAGCAAGAAGCACCCCAACCAGGAGUACUGUAACGCAGGGCCUGGUCCAGCCACCUCUGAGGCUGUGGAGCAGCAAGGUGGAGUGAAGUGUCCUGUGUGUGACUAUGUGUACGGUACCAAGUGGGAGAUGAACAGACACCUGAAGAACAAGCAUGGCCUCAAAGUGAUUCAGAGUGACGUGCUUGGUCUCAACCAAUGGGAGGUGGUGGAGCAGUCGGUGGAGGAGCCCCUUACCCAGUACCUCCACAUCACUGAGACAGAGGACCCUCAGGGGACCGAAGCUGCCGUGUCAGCCCUCCAGGACCUCAGGUUCACAGAGAACGGGGUGGUGGCGACCACCACGGAAGGGCUGGAUCCCACAGCGGUUAACAUCCUGCAGCAGAUCAUUGAGCUGGGGGCAGAGUCUAAUGAUGCCACAGCAGUGGCCAUGGUCCCUGGCAGAGUGACCGUGGUGGAGCAGGUGACUGAGGAGGAGGGGACCCACACUGUGAUGAUCCAGGACCCCUUCCAGCAGGCAGCCUCCAUGGGGCUGGGUGAGGAGCACCAUCUGGUGGUGUCGUCUGAUGAUGUGGAGGGCAUGGAGACGGUCACCGUGUACACUCAGGGAGAGGACGCCUCCCAGUUCAUUGUCUAUGUCCAAGAGGCUGUGGAGACCGAGGAGCAUACUGUGGAAUCUAUCUGAGCAGGCCAGAGCGUUGGUGCAGGCAUGGAGGAGCAGUCAACAGUUUCAUCCCAGGUCAUUCAGUAGGUGGAAGACAUUUUGAAAACAGGGAGAUAUUACCUGAACUUGUCCAAUUAGAACACAGAUUUGUAUUGUUCCGUUGCUAGACAUUUUUCUAGUGUGCCCUAUUGAACUCCACCCUGGCUUGCUCUAUGAAACCCACAACCAAUCUCCAAUGGCUUUGAUUGGAAUAACAUAGUGGCUUGAAAUGUAUCAUUUCAUCGCUUAUGCCUUUUCUCUGUGAUUAGCAUUUCCUUAUGUUAAUUCAACUUAAUAUAUCAAAGGCUUUUCUUAGAAAACAAGAUUUUGGAAUGUACUUUUUAUACAAGUGUAUAAGUCAUUUAGUAAGGGAAUAAAAUGUGGAUAAUUCAAAUAUUCAUGUCGGGAUUCAAUCUGUAACGCUGUCGACAAUGAGCCUUUGAAAGGCUAUGUUACCGCGUUCACAGAGAUCACAUUCAAGGUAAACGCUGCAGAGGUCGCCUUAAUCGGAAAUGACCUUUUAAAAUGUCAAGCGCCUUUUCAGAUUGCAUCUCAGCCUUACUUAGCUUACAACAUGGUUGCAGUUUUGGCAUGAUGUGCCUUUAAUGUUUACAACGGAUCAUUUACAGGACUGGAUUCUUUAUAGGACUAGAUUGUUGAUCAUGUUUAUCUGUACACCCCCCAUCCUGUUGACUAAUAGUUCUACACCUAUUGGAAUGUUAGUCAAUGAACAAUUAAACGCAUCAUGACAAACUCAA